AUGGACGUGGAGACGCUGACGCAGUCCAUUCUCGCUCGGUCGUCGAACCUUGCCGAGCUCAAGGCUCUGGCCAAGCACCUCAAGUCCUCGUCGUCGCUGCUGAAGGACGCGGUCGACGAGCUUCCUGGCGCCCUGGAAGAGCUUGACUUUACCACACACACCCUCGGUGCUCUCUAUAUCUUUGUGGCCUAUGGCCAGGCGCGCAAGGACAAUGUGAGCCAGGAUGAUGUGACCAACGUAACCAACUUUGUGCUGGCGGCUGACAAGGAGCAGCUCGAGCUCGCGCCCGAGGCAUGCGCGGGGCUGGUGAAGGUUCUGAGCCGGAUGGGCAAGGUGCACGGGGGUAAGGCGGUCAUCCGCCCACUGAUGGAGCUGGCGCGCAAGCUUCCGGGCGUGGUCAACGAGGCGCAUCCAGAGCUGAUGCUGGCGUGCAUCCGAUCGGCGUGCUACGCCGUCGGGUUCAAGAGCUGGCUCGCGACGCCGGUGGACGAGCUCGAGCCGGGAGCGAGCCAGCUGCGGCCGCGCGAGCUGCUGCAGUACCUGUACUACGCAGGCGUGGUGUGCAUCGGAUGCAAGGAGUACGGCGAGGCGCUCGACGCGUUCACGCUGCUGUUCUCGGUCCCGUACGUGCUCGCUUCGCUGCUCGAGCACGGCAAGGUUGUGCCGCUGCCCAAGUAUGUGCCGGAUAUGGUGGCAAGGCACCUGCGUGCGUUUGGCGAGGCGUAUGACGCGCUGGCGGCAGCGUUUGCGGGCGGAGAGCCCGAAGCGCUUGACGCCGCACUCGUCGAGCACGGCCCGGCGCUGGUCGACGACGGGAACUGGGGUCUGGCCAAGCUCGCCCGCCACGCGCUCACCCAGCGCCGCAUCCACGAUCUCACCGCCACCUACGUCACGGUCUCGUUGGAGUCCAUCGCGGCGUCGGUCGGCCUCGCCUCACCCGACGACGCCCUCGUCCACGUCCUCGCCAUGAUCCGCCGCGGGCAGAUCCACGCCUCGGUCAACGAGGCCACCGGCAUGGUUCAGUUCCACGCCGAUCCCGAGACCUUUGACGAUGCCCGCACCAUGCGCAAGCUCCACGAGACGAUCGCCGCCUGCGCCGACCUCACCCGCAAGGUCCGCAACCUCGACACAGACCUCUACCUCGAUCCGCAGUACAUCUACAAGGCCGAGCUCGCCCACAAGACCCGCGGUGCCGGUGAGCUGGAGGACCACUUUGCGGCCACCAUCGGCGCCUCGAUCGAGCGCGAGGAGUCGACCCCAGGCUCAUCGUCCAGUCGCCACGCUCCGUACUAA